AUUCUGCUGGGAGCUGCGAUCGUGUGCAGACGAUCGAGUUGCGGUGAUCGCGCGGUGUUGUGAUUAGGAAAAGUUUUCAACAUUAUGCUGGAGGAUCACGGUGAAUUGCAGUUUCUUCUAUUUUAAAUUAAACGUUCGGUGUGAGUAAAAGAAAAUCCCAGCGUCAGGUGUGCGCUCCUGAAACGUCUCUCAGAAGAAGACGAUCAUUUGUGAUGAUCAUGCUGUUGUGAUAAAAAAAAAAAAUAUAUAAAGCGAAAGAUCAGUGGAAUGGCAAAGACAAUUUCUUCAUCCCAACAAUGUUUCAUUUUGUCAACAUUGUAAGACUCUGAGAGCUUUGCUUGGUGCUAUAGUGCAGUGAAUUCUAUCACCUGGAAAAACGAUCGAGUGCUUGGAGAUAAUACAUACAUACAUAUAGUGGCUAUAUAUAAAAGAAAGCCAGUGUUAUUAAUGAUCUUCUCAAAGUAAUUCGUCGUGACAAGGAAAAUGAAUAAUUCCAAUACGCUGUUGUUCCUCUGCUGCUGUUCAUCAUUUCUUAUUCUCAUUGUGCUCAUAAAUUGUACAAAUGCAGGUGAUAAAUUAAAUUCAGACUCGUGCGGCGUGCAGCCAUAUCGGAGGCAACCACGUGAUGCUGAAGGGUCAAAGAAUAGAUCACAGAAUCGUGCAAAGAGGAAAGGAAGGAUAAUUUCAGGGAAUCCAACGGAGGAUGGAGAAUUCCCUUGGCAGGUUUCUCUGGAGCUUUUGCAUCCUUCCCUGGGCUUCCUUGGGCAUUGGUGUGGAGCUGUUCUUGUGGAGAAGAAUUGGAUUCUCUCAGCUGCUCAUUGUAUUCACAAUGAUUUAUUCAACCUUCCCCUCCCACCACUGUGGACGGCAGUUUUGGGUGAGCACGAUCGUUCGUAUGAGUCUGGCUAUGAGCAAAGGAUCCCCAUUGAUAAGAUCAUCAUGCACGAAAACUACCAAAACUACCAGCAUGAUCUUGUCCUCAUGCGACUCUCACGUCCCGCCGAUACACACUUUCCAUCAUUCAUUCGCCCAAUUUGCCUACCCAGCCACAUUGGCGCCAGCACGAUUGACGAUGAAAGUCAUGCUGCGGAUCGUAAUGAUAAUUUCCUCAGGCGACUCAUUAGUUUCUUCACGAAGAAGCCACCGCGAAAGUCCCAGAAGCGGCGUAAUGAUAAAUUCUUCCAAGAUCGUCACAUAACAAAUAGAGAAAAUGACCUUUUCUUCAGCUUCAAGACAAUAGAGGAUUUCAAUUUAUACCAACAGAAUUCUCUCUACCAAGAUUGUCGUGUUACCGGAUGGGGCAAGAAGACCAUUGAAGGGGAAUUGACGGAUAUUCUGCUGCAAUCUCGAGUUCCUAUCCUAUCAAAUGCUAAAUGCCAACUAGCCUAUGGGGAUCACAUAAGAAUUCACGAAGGACACAUUUGUGGCGGGAAGCUCGAGAAGAAAGCCGGAGCACCGUGUGUGGGUGAUUCAGGUGGGGGUUUGCAGUGCAGAGAAGGUCACACGGGGUCAUGGAUCCUCGUGGGGAUCACCUCAUUCGGAUGGAAUUGCAGCCUAAAGCUCCCCGAUGUCUUCACCCGCAUCACAUACUAUGUCCAAUGGAUUAACAAAGUGAUUUCCAGUGAUUUCAGUGAAGAUCUCUAUCCGGAUUUUUAUUACUGAAAGUUCCUUCAUACAGAAAAAAUCCUCUCGGAAAUAAAACACCCGAAUUUAAAAGAAAAAAAAAGAAGAAAAA